GAAAAAUCAACGUGGAAUUUAACCUUCCACUGCAAAAUCCAUAUAAACAAAGUACCCUUUAGCUUCGCAGUUUAUGGUUUACACUGGUCCACAGCUCUUUUUGUUGCCAUUCGAUACCCAGUUUAAAGGAAGGGCGAAACUAUGGCUUCCAUGGCUUUCUCUGCAACCAUUCCUUCUCCUCUUCUUGAUUUUACUCAAACCAAAAAGAACCCAGUUUUGUCUUCACCAUGCCCUUCCAUGUCUUUCUCCAUCAAAUCCUCGCUAUGCUCUUCGAAAUCUGCUCUUUUCCAAUCUGGGUUUUCGCUACAGCCGCUUACUGUUCCCGGGUUUGUCUUUAACUCUAGAUCUUCUGGGAUUUAUGCAAGAGCUGCUACUGAUAAAACCCUAUACGACUAUACCGUAAAGGAUAUUGAUGGGAAGGAUACUCCUCUUAGCAAAUUCAAGGGAAAAGUUCUUUUGAUUGUUAAUGUUGCUUCAAGAUGUGGUUUGACGACAUCGAAUUACUCUGAGCUCUCUCACAUAUAUGAGAAAUACAAGUAUCAAGGAUUUGAUAUUCUAGCUUUCCCUUGCAAUCAGUUCGGGGGACAAGAGCCCGGAUCGAAUGACCAGAUUAAACAAUUUGCAUGUACUAGGUUUAAAGCUGAAUUCCCAAUAUUUGAUAAGGUUGAUGUGAAUGGACCUUAUACGGCUCCAGUUUACCAGUUUCUGAAGUCGAGUGCUGGUGGAUUUUUCGGUGACUUGAUCAAGUGGAACUUUGAGAAGUUCUUGGUGGACAAAAAAGGCAAAGUUGUUGAGAGGUAUCAACCAACGACAUCGCCUUUCCAAAUUGAGAAGGACAUUCAGAAACUCCUCGCAGCAUGAAUCUCGAGGCCACGUUAACAUGAUUUGCUUCUGCUCGUGAUAUAAAUAAGUCGAUACAUCAUACAUGUAGAUUUCAG